AUGCUUUAUUUGUUCUUUUUAAAUAUUUAUCUUUCUCAGUUUCUUCAUCUCUGUCUCUCUCUCUCUCUCUCUCUCUCUUGCUUUCUUCAUCUCUCUCUCUCUUGCUUUCUUCAUCUCUCUCUCUCUUGCUUUCUUCAUCUCUCUCUCUCUUGCUUUCUUUGUCUCUCUCUCUUCCUUUAUAAAAAUUCAUCUCUCUCUCUCUCUUUUCUUCAUCUCUCUCUCUCUCUAUUUCUUCAUCUCUCUCUCUUUUCCUUUCUUCUUUCUCUCUCUUUAUCUCUUUCUCUUUCUUCACCAUCUCUCUCUCUUUCUUUGAUCACACUUCAUCUCUCUUCAAAAGAAGAAAAUCUCUCUCUCUCUUGUAUUCAUCUCUCUCUCUCUCUCUCUUUUUCUCUCUCUCUCUCUCUUUCAUCUCUCUCUCUCUCUUUUAUGAAAUCUCUCUUCUCUUCUUCAAAACUCUCUCUCUUAUUCAUCUCUCUCUCUCAAAUAAUCUCUCUUAUUCUUCAAAUCUCUUUUUGA